AUGUCUAAUGGUAAAGAGUCGAGAUAUCUUCCUUGUGCUCCUCUUCGCGCUAGAAUGCGUCGUAUUGCUCUCUCUGCUCUCGCCCAUUAUCACGAUUUUGAUGUAAAACCUUGGAAAGCUACUUUCAAGAUGUUGAAGUGGAAGAGAGACAAUAUUGACAAUUUGGGGAGUAAGCGCCCGAAAGUUUUAGUUAUUGUUGGGCCUCCGCGCUGUGGUAAGACAGAGUGGGCGAUGUCUUUUGGACGUCCUAUUCAAAUGAUGGGCAGGUGGAAUCUCGACGAAAUGUUCAAGAAAGAUUAUACCCAUUUGGUGUUGGAUGAUAUCCAUAGCAAGUUUCGCUAUAAGCGAGAACUGGCCAGUGGUCAAAAAUUGGAGAAGGCUAAAGGUAAAUACAGGCGUGAGCAGACCAUAAACUUUGACAAGCCCGUCAUCUUUACUUUUGAUCCAAAUAACAAGGUUUGGAAUGACAAGAAGUUUCAGGGAUACUUGUCUGAUUCGGGGGCGGUGAUCGUCAAGGUAUCGCGAAAGCUUUAUUAA